GUCGCGCUGCGGGGUGCUGGCCCAGUGGCCACAGAUCCUGGGCUGAGGGUUCGUGGGCUACUUGCUGAGAGAGGGCCGCGCGGUAGCGCCCUGCGAUGGAGCGGGCGAAGAUGGCGGAGGAGAGCCUGGAGACGGCGGCGGAACACGAGCGGAUCCUGAGGGAGAUCGAGAGCACAGACACGGCCUGCAUCGGGCCCACGCUCAGGUCUGUCUAUGAUGGUGAGGAACAUGGACGAUUCAUGGAGAAGCUGGAAACUCGUAUUCGCAACCAUGACAGAGAAAUCGAGAAAAUGUGCAACUUCCACUACCAGGGCUUUGUGGACUCGAUUACUGAGCUGCUGAAAGUACGAGGAGAGGCCCAGAAACUCAAAAACCAGGUGACGGACACUAAUAGGAAACUGCAGCACGAGGGCAAGGAACUGGUAAUAGCAAUGGAAGAGCUGAAGCAGUGUCGACUACAACAGAGAAACAUUUCUGCCACUGUUGAUAAGCUAAUGCUGUGUCUUCCAGUCUUAGAGAUGUACAGCAAACUGAGGGACCAGAUGAAAACCAAAAGGCAUUAUCCUGCACUGAAGACACUGGAGCAUCUGGAACACACCUAUCUGCCCCAAGUGAGCCACUAUCGAUUCUGUAAGGUGAUGGUGGACAACAUUCCUAAGCUUCGGGAAGAAAUAAAGGAUGUUUCCAUGUCUGAUCUCAAAGACUUUCUGGAGAGCAUCCGCAAGCAUUCAGACAAAAUUGGAGAGACUGCCAUGAAGCAAGCCCAACAGCAAAGAAACCUGGAUAACAUUGUCUUGCAACAGCCUAGAAUAGGUAGCAAGAGAAAAUCUAAAAAAGAUGUUUAUACAAUCUUUGAUGCAGAGGUGGAGAGCACAAGCCCAAAGUCUGAACAGGAUUCAGGAAUUCUGGAUGUGGAAGACGAGGAAGAUGAUGAAGAGGUACCUGGGGCUCAGGACUUGGUGGAUUUCUCUCCUGUGUAUCGGUGUCUACACAUAUAUUCUGUCCUGGGUGCCCGUGAAACAUUUGAGAAUUACUACCGAAAACAGAGGCGAAAACAGGCUCGUCUGGUGCUCCAGCCCCCGUCUAAUAUGCAUGAAACUUUAGAUGGCUACAGGAAAUAUUUCAAUCAAAUUGUAGGCUUUUUUGUGGUUGAAGAUCACAUUUUGCAUACAACCCAGGGCUUAGUGAAUAGAGCCUACAUUGAUGAACUGUGGGAAAUGGCCCUUUCAAAGACCAUCGCAGCACUGCGUACGCACUCGUCCUACUGUUCUGAUCCAAACCUCGUGUUAGAUUUGAAGAACCUCAUUGUUCUCUUUGCUGACACUCUUCAGGUGUAUGGUUUUCCCGUGAAUCAGCUUUUUGAUAUGUUGUUAGAAAUCCGAGACCAGUAUAGUGAGACUCUCUUGAAGAAGUGGGCGGGGGUUUUCAGAAAUAUACUUGAUUCUGACAACUACAGUCCCAUACCAGUAACGAGUGAAGAGACAUAUAAAAAAGUCGUAGGACAAUUCCCAUUUCAAGAUAUAGAACUGGAAAAGCAGCCAUUUCCCAAAAAGUUUCCUUUCUCUGAAUUUGUGCCAAAAGUUUACAACCAGAUUAAAGAAUUUAUCUACGCCUGUCUGAAGUUUUCAGAAGAUCUUCAUCUAAGCUCCACUGAAGUUGAUGACAUGAUUCGUAAGUCUACAAACCUGUUGCUGACUAGGACUCUGAGCAACUCUCUGCAGAAUGUCAUUAAGAGGAAGAACAUUGGCCUUACUGAGCUUGUUCAGAUUAUCAUCAAUACAACACACUUGGAGAAGUCCUGUAAAUACCUGGAGGAAUUCAUCACCAAUAUCACUAAUGUCCUUCCUGAGACGGUGCACACCACCAAGCUUUAUGGUACCACAACGUUCAAGGAUGCUAGACAUGCAGCUGAAGAAGAGAUAUAUACAAAUCUAAAUCAGAAGAUUGACCAGUUUCUGCAGUUGGCUGACUACGACUGGAUGACAGGAGAGCUAGACAACAAAGCUAGUGAUUACCUAGUAGACCUCAUUGCCUUCCUUCGCAGCACCUUCGCCGUGUUCACACACCUUCCUGGAAAGGUGGCCCAAACAGCCUGUAUGUCGGCUUGCAAGCAUUUAGCCACAUCGUUGAUGCAGCUAUUGCUAGAAGCGGAAGUACGGCAGCUCACCUUGGGAGCAUUACAGCAGUUCAGCCUGGAUGUCAGAGAAUGUGAACAGUUUGCCAGAUCCGGCCCGGUGCCUGGGUUCCAGGAGGACACGCUGCAGUUGGCCUUCAUCGACUUGAGACAACUAUUGGACCUCUUUAUUCAGUGGGAUUGGUCCACAUACCUUGCCGACUAUGGACAACCCAACUGCAAGUACCUCCGGGUGAACCCUGUGACAGCUCUGACCCUGCUUGAGAAGAUGAAAGAUACUAGCCGCAAGAAUAACAUGUUUGCACAGUUCCGGAAAAAUGAGCGAGAUAAGCAGAAAUUGAUCGACACUGUGGCCAAGCAGCUCCGAGGACUCAUCAGCAGCCACCACUCCUGAAUGUUGGCCUUGAGCCCACAGAGGCCACGUGUCGUAGCCAGUGGUCCAGGGUCUCCCCUGGACUGGCCCUGCACUUGUGCAUUCUUCCUCAAAGAGAGCAUAUGUAUUUUUUUAUUAACCCCUGUACAGUAUUCACAUAACCUUUCCCUAUAGGAAGAGAGGCGCAAGAUUAAGCAAAGAACAAGGGCUUUGGGGAAGUUACUGCCACACUUUCCUGGGAAAGCUACAUUAUCAGUGCCAACAUGGUGAGCCACUGCUUAUCCAGUACUCUGCAAAUUUAGUGGGUACCUGGCACUAGGAGUUGAGAUGAGAAAGUAAAAGGAUAAUAAUAUAUAUCCUGUUUGCUCUCAAGUAUUCUCUUAAGUACAUAGUAGAACCUAGCAGACAUGCCUAUGUAGUAUACCAAAGCCAGCCUCAGUUUAGGAUAUCUAUCUGACUUGCUGGUUGAAUUAUUGGCUCAUAAGAGUGGCAUGUGACAAAACAACAAUUUCACUCUGGUCCCAUAGGUGGCAGUUUCAUUAGCAUAGGUCUAACCAAGCCUUGUGGGGGAGAAGGGUAGUUAACUGGAACGGAAGUUGCCCCACUAGAAGAAUUGUUUUCUGAAUCUUAAAGCCAAGUUGUGUCAGGACUCCAGUCCCCAUGCCAUUGACCUCUGUCCCUGCUUUUAUGACCGUAACACUUGGUUCAAAGCAUAAAUCAGCAAUGGCUUCUGAGGGUCCCUUAGUAAGAAUCCCACACUCGCCUCCAGCAGCAGCAUCUCUAAAUGCCCAGAUUCUCUGAAGUUGACAGUAGCCUGAGUGCCUUCACCAUGGGUAGAGCCUCAUGAUGUCUGAGAUUGCAUCCUCAUGCUCUAAUGACAGCCUUACAGCUUUCAUCAUUAAAGAAAAUGUCCCAAGCUCUUCAUCCCUGGGCACAGCCACCAUGGGACUAGAUGAUUCUGAGAAUGGAUCUGUUACCAUGAGUAGACAGGAUCAGCUGUAGCUAAUGGCUUGUUGCCUCUGGCCUAGCUGUCAUCAACUAAAUAACAUCACAGAGACAAAGCUUGUCUUGCUCAAGCCUAGGCUCCCAUCUUCUGAACUGUCCCUUAGGCUCACCUAAGAGUGCUUUCCUGAAGUCACAUCUCUGAUUUCUGGAGUCUAAGCUAGCCAGAUAGACUCCUGGGAUCCUGUGAAAGCUUUCCUGUGACAUUGGCCAGAGGAAUCUUCGCUCUCAGACAUUUCUGGAGGCCAUUGGCCUAACUGCUGGUGAGAGUAUAAUUGCAUCAUGGAACACUGACCAAGAUAGCACAAAAGUGUUUCCAGCUCCAGUGAGGAGUGGAGAGACCCGGUCACACAUCUCUUAUUACCUUUGUUGGCUAUUGUGUAACUCUGGUACAGCCAAACUUCCACGGCUCAGUCCACCACGACCUACCCCAUCUUGAACACGCCUCACAAUCUUAAACACCAACAAAAAGUACAGCUUUCUAGAACUGGACAGAACAAGCUACCCAUGUACUCUGCAUAAGCCUUCAAGUCUCAUCAUCAGGAUACAUAAUGGCCCAAAGGUUCAGGAAGACCAUCACGGAAGAUUUUGAAAAACUUACUAGCCAGCGGAGGGCACUGGCCUGUAGGAAAGAAGACAAGGGGCUCUGUUUAUGAACAGUGAGAAGUCAUUCCACAAACCUGACUGACUGAGAAGGAAGGAAAUGUCUUCACCAGGGCUUGUCAGCCUUCAGUGUAGAGAUCUACAGUGGGCUGUCACAGCAUUUGUCCUUUGGGGACACUUUUAAUUACUCCAUACCAUCUCGGUCCCAAAGGAACUGUCAUAGAUGGAAUGAAAAACAUGUGGAGGGGCAGGGCCAUUCUACCUUCCUCACCAGAGACCUGCUGAAGAGGAUCUCAGAGUGUAUGAGUAUGGCCACCUGCCUUUUCCUGCCUCUGCAUCUGCCUGUGCUGUUCUCUAACAAAAGCAGCAUGCUAGUUCUGAGCUGGGAAUGCCAGGGACCCACAGUGUCAAGGGGGGUUAGGAAUUAAUGAGGUAGAACUUUUCUUUUUUUUAAUCCAUAGGCCUAAAGCUGAGCUGGCCUUGAAGACUCAGCACAGUAUGUGUGCUGGUAGGCCUCAGACUCUGUCAUCUUACCUCAGAUGCCUGCAGACCGUAUGUCCUGAAGAAUUUCAGGGGGGGGUGAGAUACUGCUGCCUGGAAGUUUGCUGCCUUCCAACCAGAUCCAUAACCCUGGAGACAGUCUGAUUUGUGAGCCUUGGUUAGGCAGUGGCUCAGUUUUUUUUUUUUUGUUUUUUUUUUUAUUCAUGAGGGAAAAACAAAACAAAAUUCUCAGUACCAGGUAACACUGGUGUGGGUGAAGAAGAACAGGACUUGCAUACCUACCCAGAGUCUUGGUCAGCAAAAGCAGUUAUCUCCCUGGUACUCUGUCAUGCGUCAGGCCUGACAGUCCAUCCAGCUGCAUAGCACCUAGCUCAGCAGGUUCCAACCCCAAGGGUGGCAGAAGCCAGUUUUCUCCUUAGACCCCUGAGUGCAGGCUUGGGGUGGCUUCUCCAAGCCUCCUUCAGCCUGCUUUUGCUGUGCCCCUCCCUCCGCCCCUCUGUUCCCUUUCUCUUAUUCAUCUGCAUUUGGGUCAAUCCUCCCUGAUAUUUUGGAAAUAGCCUUUUCAUUUUGCACAGUUCCAUGUUUGUGGGAGAAAUGCAGUGAGAUCCAUCUGUACCUCCAAAAGGAACCUGUUCCUCUCAUGCUCACUAGGAAAGAAGCUCUGCUGCAGACAGCUGCAUGGGGGCUCCUCUGUGGAAAGAGCAUGAGUACCCUUCCCCUGUACACCUUCCUCUUUUAACUGCUAUUAAAUGAGAGCCUACAGACCUGUUCCAAAAGCCA